ACGUUGACGACCAGAAUAAGUAGUUUGCUAUUUUUACUUUUACUAGCUACUGUUGACCGCCGCUGUCUCCCGGUUAAUACAGACAUGAGUCGGGGAGUCGCGCUUCCUUCUGUUUUGGUUUGGCUAGCUCACAUAGCACCGUGUUAGCUAGCAUACACGAGCAUUUCUUGCGUUCAAUUAUAUUUCCGGUUUUAUAAAUAUUGUCAUACAGUUGCCGCCAUAUCGCGUUAAACGUAGAGAAGCUCCCGAUAGCGAGACAUACAGGUAAUAUGUAAAAGGUCUCAAGACUGCAUAUGAAAAGGUACAAACUAAAUACUCGGGACCGCAUCAUCACGGACAGACCAACCGACACAACCAAUUUAAAUGCUACUUUGCUUGUUUUCAUGGCAUAUUUGCUGCUCUCUGAAACAGAUACUACAAGAUGUAUCACUUAUUUCAAAACGCAUUAUUUUGUUUCUUCUACUAUAAACUCUUUUCGGUACUGAUGGUGAUGAACAUUACUGUUCUGAUGUUUUUAAUUAUUAUUAUUAUCUUUAUUUAAAAAGGGACCAUGUACAGUUAAAACAUUAAUGUCACCAUUUGAUGCCCUCUACCAGAUUGUAGCUACAGCUAAUUUGCAUCUGUAGUCUCUUGACAGACUAUAGUAAACAUAAAACAAUAACAAACAUAAAACAAUAAUAACAAACAAUACAAUAACAAACAGUACAGGAUCAGACACACUACAACAGUAUAUGUGGUAAGAACAACUCACAAUACACACAAUGCGAAGCUACAGUACAGCACAUUAAAAGUAAGUAAUACAUACUAUUAAAAGUAACUAAUACGAGACAUAAUAAUUUUGCUGAAUGAGUACAGUGCUGACCAGCUUUCAACUGAUUUUUUACACUCUCCACCUUCACAACAUCCAGAGAGAUGCACUCUGGUGAGCAGGUGUGAGAUGUGGAAAGACGAUCAGGAGACAAACAACAUAUCUUAAAAAUGUAUUUCUUUUUUAAAGAUACAAAUAUCCUGUAGCUACUCUUUUAAUUUAAACUCCUGAUGUUGGUGUAGAAGUUGCAUGUACUUCUUUACUGCUGCUCUGUAAUCCACAUGAAAACAGCUGCUCAACAUUUAGAGCUCGCCUAUCUGAUUACUGAAUAAUAUGUUUUUUGUUCCACUCCCCAAGGAGUGAUGCAGCUGUUCUAUCUCGGCGUAAUAUCAUCUUAAACAUUGCCUCAUGCCGCAUUUCCAUGUUCUCUACUAUACUCCCUCUGUCUUUGUGUAUUUCCCUCAAGGCCUCUCCGUCUCUAAAGCCAUUUUCCAACAUGGAUGGUGCACCUGAGCCCGUCUGAACCCCUUGAACAGUCUGUCGUGUUUUUUUUACACUGCUCUCACGCUGGUUGACAGAAGAUGAGAUGCUGCGGCCUCGUGCCACACCAUGAGUGUCCAGAGUCUGAGAGGAGCCAUCGGGGAUUCCCUGGGCUCUAGCCUGACGGUGCGUAUGAGCGGAGCAGGCGGAGGAUGGAGUGCUCUCUCUCUGACACCUGUUUCCUCCGGGCGGAUCGCUUCUCUAUUCCAGACCAUGGUUCCUACCGGUUACACCAAGCUGCAGGAGGAGAGGCUGUCCAUGGUGGACCUCGGAGCCAAACCAGAGGCCGCCUCGCUCCAGAAAGGCUACAGAGCAGAGACGUCGCUCGUGGAAAGCCGACGGCUCCUGGACCGGGACUCUCGCUCCUCUGUGACUUUGUCCGACUGUGGGGAUGGAGGCUACUCCGAAACGGAGCCCAUGCUGGCCGAGAGGAGACUCUCCGCGGAGGACGCAGAUGAGGAGAAGGAGGAGGAGGAGGACGUGGACGAGGAGGAAGGGCCCCGAUCGGCCGUGCAGAACAUGCCGAAGGAGUCGCUGUUGGCCAUGGCGCUGCAGAUCUUGCUGCCUUUCUUGCUGGCUGGAUUUGGAACUGUAUCAGCGGGAAUGGUGCUGGAUAUUGUGCAGCACUGGGAUGCGUUCCGGUACAUCACGGAGAUCUUUAUUCUGGUUCCUGCUCUGCUCGGCCUCAAGGGAAACCUGGAGAUGACUCUGGCCUCCAGGCUGUCCACAGCGGUGAAUGUGGGCAAGAUGGAUUCCCCCAUCGAGAAGUGGAAUCUAAUCAUCGGCAACCUGGCGCUGAAGCAGGUCCAGGCCACCGUGGUGGGCUUCCUGGCCGCCGUGGCCGCCGUGGUUCUCGGUUGGAUCCCGGAAGGGAAGUUCCAGAUGAGCCACGCGAUGCUGCUCUGCUCCAGCAGCGUGGCCACGGCCUUCAUAGCCUCCAUGCUGCAGGGUUUCAUCAUGGUGGGUGUCAUCGUGGGUUCCAAGAAGACGGGCAUCAACCCAGACAAUGUAGCCACACCCAUCGCCGCCAGUUUUGGUGACCUCAUAACCCUGGCGAUCCUGGCCUGGAUAAGCCAAGGCCUCUACAAGUGCCUGGAUACCUACCCGUACGUGUCGUUGCUGGUCUGCGCCUUCUUCAUGAGUCUGACUCCUCUGUGGAUCGUCAUCUCCUCCAAGCACCCGGCCAGCCGCACGCUGCUGUACUCCGGAUGGGAGCCGGUCAUCACGGCCAUGGUCAUCAGCAGCAUCGGGGGGCUCAUUCUGGACAAAACGGUGUCUGACCCAAAUCUGGCUGGCAUCGUGGUGUACACGCCGGUUAUCAACGGCAUCGGGGGAAACCUGGUGGCGAUCCAGGCCAGCAGGUUCUCCACCCACCUGCAUUUCCACUGCGCUCCCGGGGAGGUUCCCGACGAGGCCAAGGGCUGCUACUACCCCUGCCGCACAUUCUGGGGUAAAGGAGCCAAUCAUCGCUCUGCUCAGGUGCUCAUCCUUUUGGUGAUCCCCGGUCACCUGAUCUUCCUCUACACCAUCCACCUGAUGAAGAGAGGACACACCACCCUGACCCCCAUCUUCAUGUCCGUGUACCUGGCUGCUGCCAUGCUGCAGGUGUUGCUGCUGCUGUGCAUCGCAGACUGGAUGGUGCACUCCAUGUGGCGGAGCGGCAAGGACCCCGACAGCUUCGCCAUCCCUUACCUGACGGCGCUGGGCGACCUGCUUGGCACCGCCCUGCUGGCGUUCAGCUUCCACUUCCUGUGGGUCAUCGGAGACCAGGACAGCGACGUGGGCGACUGAGGCAUCGUGGGAGCGCUUCACUGAAACCACAUUAGGGUUUUGGGGAACUUCUUUCUGAUCGUUUUUUUACUUUUUUUUAUAUGAUACACAAAAUACAUAAUAUUCCAUAAGUUUAGACUGUUCUCUGUUCAUAUUUCGAGCACUUGCAGAGGAGCAGGGAACCUCGCUGCUGCUGCCGAGGUGGUUCACUCUGCCCGCCAGGCGUCAGUCGGAGAACUGCUCCUUAAAAACAUCUCUUUUGUUGGAGUAUGUAUUUUUGGGGCUUUACCUUUUUUUUUGGGAUGUACUUGAGUUUUGUGCCAGGCUAAAUUAAUUCCAGUCUAAUUCUAUAGCGCUCUCUGCUGAAUUUAAAUGAUUUCUUCUGCAGUGAAUGAUGCUGACAGAGUAAGGACAUGGACAGAAUUACUAAAAAGGCUCACAAUUAAACUAAUGGAUAAUGUGUAACGCUCUUUAAGGUACCUUAGCCGUUGAGAUUUGACCCUUCACUAAACCACUCGUCCAAUCAGUGCUUGGCAACCGCCCCUGGACGUGUCAGGUCUGUGUGUUUACGAGUAAUAACUCAGUCUGGGUUGUUAUAACCUGCAGCGGUACUUUGCUCUGUGGGGUUACAAAUAACAUCUUAAAAAAGCCCCGUUCACGGCGACCACGUCCACUUUUAUAGUUGAUCUGAUGAAGUUGAGUCCAGAAGCCAUGGUCCAUCGCUCAAAGGUCAUCCUCAAGGUCAACCUUAACAGUGACAGUUACAGGUCGUCAGCUUCUAUAUGAAUACAACUGAUCUUUGUCAUGCAAACCAACUGGUUUAACACUGCAAUACAAGGACGAUGCAUUUAUUUUUUUAGUGUUGGUGUCUUUUAGGCUAAUCGUGGCCUAAAAGACACAGGCACUAGUUUGGAGAGAGAAGGGAAUGAGCUUCAAGUCAAACUGACCUGGGACCUGCAGCUCUGUGGCUCAUCAUGUGACAUCAGUAUUGCAGCCGAGCAUCGAGUACACAGCCAUCAUGUCAUCAGAUAGCUGAGAGCAACUCGAGAAUUUUACGUUGGCUAAAUUAGCUCAUUGAAUGUCAGUUGGCCGAAUUGUCAACAGAAGGUAAGAGGAGGCGGGUUUAGUGAACGGUCAACCAAUCCACGGAUGAACUCGUGUCUCUUUCCAUCUUUCCAGCCUCCUGAUGUUGUGUCGAUAUCCACAAAGCAUGAACUCUUCUCUCUGUGAUGUCAUUCAUGUCCUUCCUUUUGUCUGCCGCCCUCCGUUGUGCACAACGAGCGGCACAGAGACACCCCACGCUAAUCAAUACAACAACGUAUGCAUAGCAUCUACACUCGUCCAAUCAGCUGUCUUCUCAUUAGGUUAUGGUCACUUUUCAUAGUUCUGUGUUUCAAAGGGUCCAGAUGAAGAUUGUUCAAUGUGUGUCUCUGACUCCGGAGAAAUUAUAUCUGUCUUCCCUAAAUCCGACUUCCUCCUUUAAUCUCAGCAGCAUAUUGUGUGAGCGUGUGCACGUGAGCGUGUGCACGUGAACGACCGAUCAACUCCAACAUGUGCCUCUUGAGAUUCACUGGUCCACAAGGUAUUUCUCUCUCCGUCACGCUAUUAAUGCAGUUUUUUCUUUCUACCGCAUUGUGAUGAUGAGAAAUUGAUUCCUUUUGUACUUUUAGUUGUACGACGACUAUUGUAUUAUUGAGGAGUGACACCAUUUGAAUUGCUGGCAUGAAACUAUUAGAGAUCAUAAGUUGUCAUAUUAUAGAGGGUGACGUACAUUUGCUAUGAAUGCCUUUAUUUGUGUUCGUCGGUCUCAAUAAAUAAAUGUCCUUCUGAUGAAA